AUGGGCUGCUGGGACUAUUUGUGGGAGUUCUGGAACUACGAGACCUCCAAGGUGAUCGUGGUGAAGAACAGGCACCUCGGGGUCAUCUACAGACUGGUCCAGCUUCUGAUCCUGGUCUAUUUCAUUUGGUACGUGUUCAUCAUUCAGAAGGGCUACCAAGAGAGAGAGUCUGGCCCAGAGAGCUCCGUCAUCACCAAGGUGAAGGGCGUCACUCGCUCACAGAACAAGGUGUGGGAUGUGGAGGAAUAUGUGAAGCCACCAGAGGGGGGUAGCGUCUUCAGUAUCAUCACCCAUGUCCAAGUCACCCCCUCGCAGACUCAGAAGGAGUGCCCAGAGAACAUGAGGGCUCUGUGCCACUCUGACAGCGACUGUGCCACAGGUGAAAUGGACAUGCUGGGCAAUGGAGAGAAGACAGGGCAUUGCAUCCCCUAUAACCGCAGCAAGAAAACCUGCGAGAUUAAGGCCUGGUGUCCGGUGGAGGACAGAGCAUCUGUCAGUGAGAAUUUAGCAGUGAUGGCGGCAGAGUUCACCGUUCUGAUCAAGAACAACAUCCACUUCCCUCGCUUCCGCUUUUCCAAAGGGAAUGUCAAGGAUGGCCAAGAUGGCUACCUGAGGAACUGCACCUUCAACGAGACCACAGACCUCUACUGCCCCAUCUUCAAGCUAGGUUUCAUUGUGGAGCAAGCUGGCGAGAACUUCUCCGACCUGGCCGAAAAGGGUGGCGUGAUUGGAGUGAUCAUUAACUGGAAUUGCAACUUGGACCUGCUGGAUUCUGAGUGCAACCCUCGUUAUUCCUUCCGCAGGCUUGAUCCCAAGUGGGCCCAGGCAUCCUCUGGAUACAAUUACAGGUUUGCCAAGUACUACAAGUGCCGGGAGCAGAGCACACGCACUUUGAUCAAGGCUUACGGCAUCCGCAUCGAUGUGAUUGUGCAUGGGCAGGCAGGGAAGUUCAGCCUCAUCCCCACCAUCAUUAACCUGGCCACGGCACUGACGUCGGUGGGAGUGGGUUCCUUCCUUUGUGACUGGAUCUUGUUGACCUUCAUGAACAAGGAUGGCGUGUACAGCACCCGGAAAUUUGACCAGAUGCCCAGGUGCCCAGAGGAGACUCUGACAACGGAAUGCAGCCUGACCGGUUCCUGCACCCAGGCCUUCUCACCUGCAGACUCCAAACCUCCCGUCCAUCUUUGAGGA